GUCGGACGCGCAGAAGAGCGCGCGAUGGCAGACAACGUGAAGAGGCUGGCCAGAAGCGAAUCUUUUCAAGCACUGCAGGAAAAAGUCUCCUUCUGGGAGAAGGACUACAACACAAAUUCCUGUGAUGAAAAUCUAAAUUAUUGCAUCGGACUCAUCGAACAAGUUGCCAAAGUACAGGCACAACUCUUUGGGAUCCUCACAGUGACAGCCCAAGAAGGAGGACAUAAUGAGGGUGUGGAAACAAUCAAGAGCCGCCUUUUGCCUUUGCUGGAGACUUCUUUCAGUUCUGUAAACGUGUUAAAACAUAUGGAGAACAAGGACUCCUCUAUGCAGGACACGUAUAAUAGAAAUAAAAACAAAGACACUGGUUUUCGGGAUCAGGACCAACAGCUAGUAGACAAUGAAUCCAGCCCAGACAGUCAACAAAACCAGGUUCAAGACGAUCUGGAUGACACUGGAAAGAAUCUUGAAGGAGCCAAGAACAGAUCAACCAUAUCCCUCAUGGCUGCAGAGGAGGAGAUAAAUCAGCUAAAAAAGCAGCUUAAGUCUCUUCAAGCCCAGGAAGAUGCCCGCCACAGAAACUUAGAGAGUCGGCGCUCUGAGGCGGCUUCAAAAUCUGAUCGUCGAGCUGGGAGCAAAAGGACCCCAGACAUGCGGGGCCCAGAAUCACGGGGCUUAGACUCACGGAACCAAGAGGUGAUAUCCGACUAUGAGAAACAUCUCCAAAACCUGAAGGAUGAGAUAGCUGUCUUGUCUGCUGAAAAAUCCGGCCUCCAAGGAAGGUCAGCCAGGAGCCGGUCUCCUAGCCCUACCUGCCGGAGCCGCAGCCGCAGCCGGAGCCACAGCAGGUCCAACAGCCCCUGCACCGCAGUAGCUAAAGUCAGAAGCCCGUCCCCAAACCGGUCCAAAAUGUCCAGCGUGGCUCGCAAAGCUGCUCUCCUGUCCCGAUUCAGCGACGCCUAUUCCCAGGCCCGUCUGGACGCCCAGUGCUUGCUGCGCCGUUGCAUCGACAGGGCUGAGACGGUGCAGCGGAUCAUUUACAUCGCCACAGUGGAGGCAUUUCAUGUAGCUAAAAUGGCGUUCAGGCAUUUCAAGAUCCGGGUGAGGAAGAUGUUGACACCAUCGCACGUGGGGUCGAAUGACUUUGAGAACACAGUCAUGGACUACAUUGUUUGUCAUCUUGAUCUAUAUGACUCUCAAAGCAGUGUUAAUGAUGUGAUCCGUGCCAUGAAUGUCAACCCCAAGAUCUCAUUCCCUCCUGAAGUUGACUUCUGUGUCCUCAGUGAGUUCAUCCAGGAGAUAUGCUGCAUUGCCUUUGCAAUGCAGUCCUUAGAUCCACCUCUUGACAUCGCUUUUGGAGCCGAUGGAGAAGUCUUUAAUGAUUGCAAGUACCGCCGCAGCUAUGACUCAGAUUUCACUGCUCCCCUGGUCUUUUACCACGUGUGGCCUGCUCUCAUGGAGAAUGACUGUGUCAUUAUGAAGGGAGAAGCUGUCACCAAGAGAGGGGCUUUUUGGAGUUCUGUGCGACCUGUAGCACGCUGCCGCAGCAGGAGUUUAAGUCCCAUCUGUCCUCGUAACCGCAUUGGAUUAAGCACGAUAUCUCGAAGUCGGAGUCCUUCUCCAAUAAGAUGUACAUUGCCAAGAUACUAAAGCCACCAGCCUUGUUCGUUUGCCACAGUCCAUUGGAACAGCCAGCUCCUCAGUGCCUCUACCCACCUGCCUUGUCUGCCUCCGAUCUCACUUAACAUGAAAUGAAAAGGCAAUGCUGUGUGUCACUCCGCACAGAGAGUUUAA